GAAGACUUUCUGGCUUAGAAGAGGAUAAAGAAAAAAAUGAAUAAAGUCGCAGGAACUUCAAGUCGCAUUUUAACAGACAUCCCUUGUAAAGUCUGUCAGGAUCAUUCAUCUGGCAAACACUAUGGCAUCUAUGCAUGUGAUGGGUGCGCGGGAUUUUUCAAGAGGUCCAUCAGGAGAAACAGACAGUACAUCUGCAAGUCACGUGGUCAGGGUACAUGUCCAGUAGACAAAACGCACAGAAACCAAUGUAGAGCAUGUCGCCUUAAGAAAUGUAUGGAAGCUGGCAUGAAUAAAGAUGCCGUACAACAUGAAAGAGGACCCAGAAAUUCUACCAUCAGGAGGCAAGUUGCUAUGUACCUUAAAGAAACCAGGGAUUAUGGCGCAUUCGUAGCGCAGGCGCCCUUCCGUCCGCCAUAUUUGCCGACUUGUUAUGGAAUAGAUCCAAUGGCUAAUGGAGUGGAUCUUGGUGCAGUUACGCCACCAUCACCAGUCUCGCCUGGGAUUCUCUGUCAACCAACUCCUAAGUAUCCACAUGAAAUAAUGCAAGCAUAUUCAACUAACCCAGAAGCCAUGUGUGAAGUUGCUGCAAGGCUAUUAUUCAUGAGCGUUAAAUGGGCGAAAAAUGUCCCAGCAUUCUUGGGGCUUCCAUUCAGAGAUCAAAUUUUGCUCCUGGAUGAAGGAUGGAGAGAAUUAUUCAUUCUUGGUGCAGCUCAAUUCCAGAUGCCCAUUGAAGCUGGUCCUCUACUUGCUUUGGCAGGAUUAAAUUCAGAGGAUGCAUCAGCUGAGAAAGUAGUCAGCGUUAUGACUGAAAUCAGAGCUCUACAAGAGAUCAUAUCAAAGUUUAAAUCCCUGCAAGUGGAUCCCACCGAAUUUGCCUGCCUCAAAGGCAUUGUUCUAUUCAAAACAGCCUUUGGAAAUUCACAGAAUUCCGAGGAAAAAUCUCUAAGAGAUAUCCACACAGUUGCAGGACUCCAAGAUCAGGCCCAGUUAACUCUGAGCAAAUACAUCCAGGCAACUUAUCCUACCCAACCUUUCCGGUUUGGAAAAUUAUUAUUGUCGAUCCCGACUCUAAAAACAGUAUGUGGAAGCACGAUUGCAGAAUUGUUCUUCAGAAAGACAAUUGGCAAUAUUCCGAUUGAAAGACUUUUGAUUGACAUGUUUAAAUCAAGUGAUUUCUGAUGUAGGAAAGAAUGUCAAAUUGUCAAAUUAUUAGGCAAACAAAGUUCGGAAAUCGAUUCCGGAAGUGGCUCUGGCCACAGCAGGAGCAAAAACGGAUCUCAAGCUCGAUUGGCGUCGCCCAUGUCAACAAGCGGUUCAUAUUUCUAAGGAAAUAAAAUCUGCCACUCAUAAACGGUCAUCAAUCUAUCCAUUUUUUCAGUAUUUGUUUUCUCAUUCAUGUCCAUGAGUGGUGAAAUUUAAAAAUCAAAUUGGCAAUUAGUUUUAUUUAAUCUGAUGAGCAUAAAUCAAUGUGAUGUUUAUCUGGUCAUGGGUCUCGCGUUAGCUCUCCAAUAUCGGCAUCCAAAUUCGUAAUGCAAUAUGCCUUUGAUUAAGUCAUCUCAAAGCGCGUAACAAAAGAUUGGAGUGAAAAUAAAACUUGAAAUCUACAACACGGAUGAAUGCGGCGCGAGGGAUUAUGUUUCUCUUGCCCAUCUUGUACACUUGUGAAAUGAAACCGCUUCCGCAGCGAGAACCCCUAACUAAACAGAUUGACAUUGAUGUGUGCUAAUGCAGUAAAAUCGUUCAUUGUACACUUUACAUGAAUAAUAGGGCCAAUUUCUACCCGAGCAGAUAGCAAUUAAAUUCAAGUUUGCCUCUAGCAAUCCUAAACGAUAUUUCAAAACCACUUUUCACGGUCAAUGUAAUGAUAAAUACGAUUCCAUCGUAACGUUAUUCGAAAUUUUUACCAGUUUAGUCUCAG